UUUCAGCCUGCAGCCUGCACUACUUCACCACUAAUACCCCCACCAUAUUUGAUAUAUAUAUAUAUAUAUAGUAGAGAGGAGAGCCAAAAAAAACUUACCAUUACUGUUAUUUGCCAUGAGUUCAGCAACGAGUUCUCAAAAACCAUUCAGUGGAGCUAUUGUUGCUCUUGUUCUGAUCUUCUUGUUGGUUUUAGUCACAGCUUCUAACGCGCAGUUGUCGUCUUCUUUUUACGACAAGACCUGUCCAAAUGCACUCACCACUAUCAGAACUUCUAUCAGAAAAGCAGUUUCAAAAGAGCGUCGUAUGGGAGCUUCCCUCAUUCGCCUCCAUUUCCAUGACUGCUUCGUUCAGGGUUGUGAUGCAUCGAUAUUACUUGAUGAAGCUUCUACUGCCACCAGCGAGAGGAAUGCACAGCCAAAUAAAGGCUCUGUUAGAGGUUACGAAGUUAUAGAUGCUGCCAAGUCUGAGGUUGAGAAAAUAUGUCCUGGAGUUGUUUCAUGUGCGGACAUACUUGCAGUAGCAGCUCGGGAUGCCUCAGCAGCUGUGGGAGGUCCAUCAUGGACAGUUCAGCUAGGAAGAAGAGAUUCUACCACCGCAAGUCGAGCUCUAGCAGAAAGUGAUCUUCCAAGUUUUCGGAGCAGCGUCGACCAACUUAUCUCCAACUUUGCUAGGAAGGGUCUCAGUGCAAGGGAGAUGGUGGCCUUGUCAGGCGCACAUACCUUAGGGCAGGCACAAUGCUUCACUUUUCGCGACAGGAUUUACGGCAAUGGCAGCGACAUUGAUGCCGGCUUUGCUAGCACAAGAAAGCGUGGUUGCCCAGCUAGCGGCCAAGAUGGCAAAUUAGCACCUCUUGAUUUGGUCACACCCAACUCUUUUGACAACAACUACUAUAAGAACUUGAUGCAAAAGAAGGGUCUUCUUCACUCUGACCAAGUGCUUUUCAAUGGAGGAUCAACAGAUAGUAUUGUCUCAGAAUAUAGUCGAAACCCUUCAACCUUCAAGUCUGAUUUUGCCGCUGCCAUGAUCAAAAUGGGAGACAUUGAUCCUCUCACGGGACAGGAUGGGGUCAUAAGGAGGAUUUGCAGUGCUCUAAACUAGUUUCUUUUAACUCCUCAUCCAUGAACAUCAAAAACAUUCUUUCCUUUCCAUGAACUGGCCAGUUUGUUUCCCUUCGCACGUUUCAUUUUUUAGUCUCGUUUUUGGUGUUUUCCCAAGUGUAGAUGAACGCUCUAAUCUUGUUCUCUAGCCACUUAAUUAGGUUAUUCCUUUGAUUGUAUUUCAACUUUCAAUUGUGAAAAGUUAAUAUUAUUGGUGUUUAAUAA